ACACACGCUGUUUCUCCCAAUGUCCACUGCAGUCUGAACACACCGGCUUGGAAAUGGCUGGCAGAAUUACCGGUCCCAAAGUGUUACGGUUCCUUCGGAGCCUGACCCGUAAGAAGCCUCUGGAGCCAGAAGGCGAGGAGUCCAACUUCUGCCGAUGCCUGACCACAUGGGACCUGGUGGGUCUGGGUGUUGGGAGCACGCUGGGGGCCGGUGUGUACGUGCUGUCCGGAGAGGUGGCCAGGAAUGUGUCCGGCCCCAGCAUCAUCAUCUCCUUCCUGGUGGCAGCCGUGGCUUCGGUCUUUGCCGGGUUAUGUUACGCUGAGUUCGGAGCCCGGGUCCCCAAGACUGGCUCGGCUUACCUCUAUUGCUACGUGACCGUUGGAGAGGUGUGGGCAUUUGUGACUGGUUGGAACCUGCUGCUGUCAUACGUGAUUGGAACAUCUAGUGUAGCCAAAGCCUGGACUGGGACCUUUGAUGACCUGAUACACAACGUUAUUGCUGAAACUCUGGAAGAACAUACACCAAUGGACUCACCGGGCGUGGCUACAUACCCAGACUUCUUUGCUGCUGCGCUGAUUAUGCUGCUUGCUGGUAUUCUUGCUUAUGGUGUGAAGGAAUCGGCCGUCGUGAACAUUGUUUUUACUGCAAUUAACAUAACUGUGCUGAUUUUUAUCAUCGUCUCUGGCUUUGUAACUGGAGACAUCAACAACUGGCGCAUUAGUGAGAAGACUAUCCUGAACGCAACCCGACUCAAGGAGAAUCUUGACCCAUCACAAAAUGAAACGGUUGACUAUGGGGUUGGUGGUUUCUUCCCUUUUGGCGUUGAUGGCACACUUGCAGGAGCAGCAACCUGUUUCUAUGCUUUUGUUGGAUUUGACUGCAUUGCAACAACAGGGGAGGAGGUGAAGAACCCGCAGAAAGCCAUACCUAUUGCGAUCGUGGCGUCCCUGCUCAUCUGCUUCGUGGCCUACUUUGGCGUGUCGGCCGCUCUGACUCUCAUGAUGCCCUACUAUCUGCUCGACAACCUCAGCCCUCUUCCUGUGGCCUUUGAAUACAUCCACUGGGAGCCUGCAAAGUACGUUGUGGCUGUGGGAUCCCUCUGUGCUCUCUCAACAAGUCUUUUGGGAGUGAUGUUUCCGAUGCCACGGGUGCUCUUUGCCAUGGCGAGAGACGGCCUGCUCUUCAAGCCUCUUCACUACAUGAGCUCCAGGCAGAGUCCCGUCUUUGCCACGAUGACUUCAGGAGCAGCGGCUGCGUUCAUGGUCUUGUUAUUUGACCUAAAGGCACUGGUCGACUUGAGUUCAAUUGGGACCAUCUUUGCCUACACUCUUGUUGCAGUGUGUAUUCUGAUAUUAAGGUACAAGGAGGACCCUGGUUUCAGCCGUAGACGGGAACCGUUUACUGUCAUGGGGCUGUUUAUUCCUCCUUCUCGAGCCACCCCCCGCACCUCUAAAAAUGUCAACGUAAUCACCAUCAUUAUUUUGUUCCUGGUGGUGGUUUUAAGCUUGCUGCUGUCCGAGGGUGCGUUUUCCCUCCGCAACAGAGAGCUGUGGAGCGUGCUGAUCGUGUCUUUCCUCUCGCUGAUGCUGGUCCUCGCUGUGGCAAUCAUCUGGAGACAGCCACAGAGCAUUUCUAAAGCCUCUUUCAUGGUUCCCGGUCUACCUGUUGUUCCAGUUUUAAGUGUCCUCAUCAAUACCUACUUGAUGGUUCAGUUGGGAGGGGAAACGUGGAUCAGCUAUGCAGUCUGGAUGGUAAUAGGACUCAUCAUCUAUUUUGGUUACGGGGUUCGCCAUAGUGUCCAAAAACAAAGGCUUCAUCAGGCUCGCACCCGACUCAAUAUUGUUCAUGUAAACAAUGUCGCUGCUUGACGUCCUGUAUUGAAUUGUGUAAUGUGUCACUCUCGACUGACAUGUAAAAAGUUCUACAGAGUAUAGUUAAACUCAUCAAGGAAUAACCUUGAAAUCAUUUUACGGAUUUUAAUCAGGUUUCAGCCAGGAUUGGA